AUGCUUUGCAUCCAACUCAUAAGCUUGCCAGCUGAUUUGUUUGCUUUCCCCAGACCAUAUUGGCAAUGCUAUUUUCCAAAUACUCAAGCAAUAAUAUAUGUAGUCGAUUCCAGCGAUACUGAUAGGCUAGGAAUUGCUAAGGAGGAGUUUCAUGCAAUCUUGGAGGAGGAAGAGUUAAAAGGUGCUGUUGGUCUCAUUUUUGCAAACAAGCAGGAUCUUCCUGGUGCACUUGAUGAUGCUGCGGUAACAGAUGCCUUGGAGUUGCACAAGAUUAAGAACCGCCAGUGGGCAAUUUUUAAAACCUCUGCCAUAAAAGGAGAAGGUCUAUUUGAGGGCUUGGACUGGUUGAGUAAUACACUCAAGUCUGGAGGUGGCUAA